AUGUCGGCUGCCGUGGCGUGCCUGGACUACUUCGCCGCCGAGUGCUUGGUGUCCAUGUCCGCGGGUGCCGUGGUUCACCGCCGCCUGCCGGACCCCGAGGGCGCGGGCGGAGCGGCAAGCUCGGAGGUGGGUGCGGCGCCGCCGGAGUCCGCUCUGCCGGGUCCGGGGCCACCGGGGCCCGUGUCGGUCCCCCCGUUCCCCCAGGUCCCCGCCCCCAGCCCCGGCGCGGGCGGCGCCGCGCCCCACCUGCUGGCUGCAAGCGUCUUGGCUGACUUGCGCGGCGGCUCUGGGGGGUGCUUUGGAGAGUACUCGGGGGAAGCUCUGCGCGCCUCAUCCGGCUCCUCCGACCCGACCCCGUGCUCCGGCCCGACCCUGUGCUCCAAGCCGACCCCGGCCACCAGCGCGGCCGAGGUCUCCGGACCCGUGCACUCCUCCGGCGCGCUCGCGGUCCCUGGCGCGCCAGCCGUCCCGGGAGUGCCUGCCCACCCUGGCGCGGUCUCCCGCGUGGCCCCUGGGGCGGGCCCCGCCCCCGCCACGGGUCCAGGCCCCCGUCGGAGGCCAGUCACACCUGCUGCCAAGCGCCACCGCUGCCCCUUCCCGGGCUGCAACAAAGCUUAUUACAAGUCAUCGCAUCUGAAGUCCCACCAGCGCACCCACACGGGUGAGCGCCCUUUCUCCUGCGACUGGCUCGACUGCGACAAGAAGUUCACGCGCUCCGACGAGCUGGCCCGCCACUACAGGACGCACACGGGCGAGAAGCGCUUCUCCUGCCCCCUCUGCCCCAAGCAGUUCUCCCGGAGCGACCACCUGACCAAGCACGCCCGCCGCCACCCAGCCUAUCAUCCCGACAUGAUCGAGUACCGGGGGCGCCGUCGCACUCCCCGCGUCGACUCGCAACCCGCCAACCUGGUGGACAGCUCCGGCUCCGUCCCCGGGCAGGUGCCCAGCUUCACCACCUGCUUGUCUGACAGUCAUUGCUGUUAG